AUGUUGGAGACACAAGAGACUGCAGGUACUGGAAUCCGGUGCAACACACGAAAGGCUGGAGGCCGCGGACAAUCGUGCAACCUCAUUGGACGGCACCACUUCCGGCGGGAAUUUCAAAAGGAGAGGGCGCCCCUCAGGGUGCGGGGACUCGGUGCGGCCGGUAUCAAAAGGAACAGCUGUAGCAGGUCACGCAGCAUCUGCGGAGAAGCAGAGUUUCGGGUUAAUGACCCUUCAUCAGAACUGGAAAAGAACCACAUGAAUGGGAAAAGAUCUUUUGUUGCUGCAUCAGUAUUGUGUCUUCAUGAUACUUGUUUUCUGUACCCAGCUUGUCAGAAAUGUGGAACUCGGUUACUUUUUAAUCAUGGCAGAUUCCAGUGCCCAAAACGUGACUGCUUGUCAAUAGCACAGAAUGUGAAUUACAGGUACAGACUUUCUCUAAAAGUUGCAGGAAAGUGCGACAUAUUUAAUAUUACCGUCUUUGGGAGCUGUCUUGAACCUUAUUUUGGAGCAGCAGCAGGAUUUCUAAACAGAUACUGUGAAGAUUUGAAGAAGGAACUGCAAGAACCAGAGGGAGAGCAAGUUCAGGAUCUGUUGGUCCGAGCUGUGGAACACUGCUUUAUUGGGAGAAGCUUUAUAUUUGGAGUGAAGACAUCAGAAUCUCAAACUGGUCUACUGUCAUUUUCUCCAAGUCUCUUGCAAUCUACCACUGGGAAAAAUAAAUAUAAAAAACACCUGAUAGCCUGCCAAAUUGCAGUGCCCAACUCUACAAUCUAUGGCUGUACUGUGAUCAAUUAUUACAAGAAGCUCGUGGACUCAAUCAGUCCAAAAGAUGCGUCUUCCAGUUCACUGCUAUCUGCUAGUCAAUUUAUUAGCAUUGACCAAACUACUCCUAAAAUCAACAGUUUAUCUGGUUGCACACAAUUAACUGGUGCUAAUCAAUUAACAAACCCUUGGCAGCAGGAUUUUGCACUUACUUUCACCUCUGGUGAUUGUAUUACAGUUGAAGAGUUUUCAACUGCAGGAACUAGCAGGGUUAGUUCGAAGAGGAGCAUCAGAUCCCUUGAGCAUAUAGAGGGAGCAACCUGUAAAAGGAAAUAUAACAAAAGAAAAUUCACAGGUUUUGCUACUUCACUCUCUCAAAAUAGUAAUGAUAUCAAUGGGUGCAGUACAAAUACAAUGGGCAGCCUCCCAUCUAGUAUAGAAUUACAUAGACUACCUGCUAAUGAAUCUACACAUCAAUAUUCUGAUACUAGUUUUGAGUUAGCGGAGGACUACCUGGAGUCAGGUCUUUUUGAUACCCGAAGACUUUGCAUACAGAAGUUUGAGGAGUCCAAUUGGAAAGACAAUGUAUUCUUGCUCUCUGACAAAAGCUGUAGUCCACUGGAUUGCAAGGACUCUAUAUUAUGGGAUGAAUUGCCUUUUUCAGAAAGUUUAGGUGAAUUUAUAGCAAAAGUGGAAGCAGAUCUGGAGAGAGAUGAUGAAGAAAAUGCAUUGCCCAUGAGGGUGAAUGCUAUUGAUGUUGCCAUUCAUUCCUGCUCUCUAAAUAAACUAAAAACUGAUGAUCAUUCUGGAAUACUAGAGCAGAAGAGAAGAUCCAGAGAAUGGGGUAUAAAUUCUACUAAGUGCAAAUUGCUGGAAGUUAGAAAAACUAGAAAUAAAAGAACCUCCUACAAGGGUGAUUCUCACAAUCUGAAUGAUACUAUAGAGCACCUGGUCCUUGCAGAUGGUUUCAGAAAUGAUGUCACUGAGAAACUGGUUUCUCCACCAAGAUCACCACCCCUGUGGACAAGAGAUGAUACUUGUGGUGUAUGUACUCCCAACCCAGAGGCAGUUGGAAAGAUUGGCAGCGCCUUCUUAAGCCCUAUAAAUGUAAUUAACUGCAGCACCUACCCUGGUCAGACAAUUCAACCAAAGAUGUACAACUGUCAAGAUGACCAGGCAAUUGAACGUUCAACUUUACCAACCAAUCAUGAACUUAUUGCAGUUAACAAACAAAGUAUGGAUGGAUCUUGUGCAUUGAGUAAUGCUGCUUUUCAAACACCAUUGACUUCUGCCAAGUGGUUGCUAACAAAGGAGGAAAACUUUAACAGUCAGAUUCAAGAUUUAGAACACAACUCCAACUUAUGCAACCAGGAACCUAUAGAUAGAUCCCAGCUGCGAUACAUCUUUAAAAAUGAAAACAGCUUGUUCCAAAAUUUGUGCCCCAGCCCUGAAGAAUAUGAUGUUUCUGGAGAACUCUUCAGUGAUGCAGGAGGCUAUGAAGAGGAAGCACCAUUAUGUUUCCAUAGAAACCCAAGUAUUUUAUCUCAAUGGGUACCUGCAUCUAAACCAUGCAGUAAAACUACCUGCAAGCCCAGUGAGCAGCAGUGUAAUACUUUCCUGCAUUGUUCAGAAGUUGCUCCUGAUGCAAACCAAGAUGAUAAUGGUUCUCUGGAGAAUGAGUCACAGAAACUGUUGAAAUGUGACUUUUUGGAUUCACAGGACUACAUUCCAUUUUCUCAGUCUACACCUGUUUCAAGAGUUAAACAUUUAAAAUAUUUUGGGGUGGGCAAAAAAAAAGCUUUCAAGAUGUCACCUUAUAUUAGGACCCAUUCAAAGGAAACUGCUUUUAAACAGAAGCAAGUCAUUUUUUCAAAAAAUGAUAUCCUUAUGCGGCAGUCACUUCAAGUUCAAGAAGUGUCUUUGAGUAACAAAACCUCUGUUUCAUCAAAGUCUUCUUUAUUAGACAACAGCCCAGUUAGCAAAUCAUAUAUAAAUGACUCUGAUGAAUGGAUUCCACCCUCAACAAUCAAAACUCAAAUAAUAUCUCAUUUUUCUUCAUGUAUCUCUGAUGUAUACAAGUCACAAGGUUUUGAAUUACUUAAAGAUGCCAGUGCUGCUGCUAUGGAAACUACUGACUCAAAGAUUACAACAGAGGGCAACAAAGAGAAGGACAGUAGCAACCAAUUCAGAGGCCACCUAUGUAUGAAAAGGACACCUGCAGGAAAUUACACCACACCAUCGUUACAACAAAAAGUACUCAACUCAACAAAGGUUUCUCCAAAGAGAACAGAAAAACUGGGGCCACUUGUUUCAAGAGAAUUUCAGGUUUGGAAAGGUUUAAAAAUGAAUGAAAGCCUGCCAACUACUUUUUGCACACUUUUGGCAGAGGGUGAGGCAUUAGAUUGUUAUUCACCAGAACUAUUUGCACCAAGUACAGAAUUUUCUGAGGACGAGUCUUCAUCAUUUUAGAAGUUUCUGACCAUCACUAAAUAGAGUAUAAUUCUUCUUUAAGGGAAAAUUUCAAGCACUUUUUUAAAAAAAUAAUACUGAAGUUGGAGGUGAAUUUCUGCAGAGACCACCUGAGCCUGUAACAUUCAUGGCAGAACUGCAAAAAAAAAACCCUGAGAUUUUUAUGCAGCCAGGUGUGACCUUUACUGCAGAAAUUCACCUAGUCUUUCCUGUUUUUAUCUGUCCGUUAAAUCUUUUAUAUUAAAAGAUAUCUACAAACUGGUGAGAUUAGACUGAGAAUUGUUUUUCAAUAGCCCUAAAAAUAUACCUCUAAGUGAUUUGAAUACCUUGAACUAAAUUUUAGUUCCAGUGGAAAG